GAGCCAAAGAGUAGCAGAGACGCCUGAGACCAGAGAGGGUUUGGACUUUGGGAGUGGAGGAGGAGGAGGAGGAGGAGGAGAUGGAGAUGGAGAAGGAGAGGGAAAGAUAUGCUUACAUGGCGAGGCUUGCAGAACAAGCGGAGAGAUAUGACGGUGACUGCUCUUUUUCUCUUUAUUCGCCAUACCAAGCUUUGAAGAUGGUUGACUCAAUGAAGAAGGUUGCUAGAUUAGAUGUGGAGCUGACAGUGGAGGAGAGGAAUCUGGUGUCUGUUGGGUAUAAGAAUGUGAUUGGAGCGAGAAGGGCUUCAUGGAGGAUAUUAUCUUCCAUUGAGCAAAAGGAGGAGGCAAAAGGAAAUGAGAUAUAUGUUAAGAGGAUAAGGGAUUACGGGCAGAAGGUUGAGGAUGAGCUUUCAAAGAUUUGCAAUGACAUCUUGUCUGUUAUUGAUGAACACCUCCUCCCAUCCUCAUCAACUGGAGAAUCAACGGUUUUCUACUAUAAGAUGAAGGGAGACUACUAUCGAUAUUUGUCUGAAUUUAAAUCAGGGAGUGGUCGUAAAGAGGCUGCUGAUCAGUCGCUCAAGGCCUAUCAGGCUUCUACUAAUACUGCUACGACAGAUCUGCCACCAACUCAUCCUAUCAGACUUGGCCUGGCCCUCAACUUCUCAGUAUUUUAUUAUGAGAUAUUAAACUCCCCUGAAAGGGCAUGCCAUCUGGCUAAACAAGCUUUUGACGAAGCAAUUGCAGAACUUGAUACCCUUAAUGAAGAAUCCUACAAGGACAGCACCCUUAUAAUGCAGCUUCUUAGGGAUAAUCUCACGUUGUGGACCUCAGAUUUGCCAGAUGAGGGUGGUGACCAAUCCAAGGUUGAUGAACUUGAGGAAGAGAAAUAGUUGGGUCAGAAGGGUGAGUGAUUGUCCUGGGACUGUGUCAGGUGAGAAUGAAUGAGGCUGAGAGCAUUGAGAACCCCUUAGUUCCAGCACCAACUGGUUGACUCCUGGCUUGUAUUAUGUGUAACAGUGUGCUUUAGGAUUAUUGUGUUUUUCUUCUUUUUUUUCCCAUUUAGGCACAUCAGGUGAUUUUAUGUUUUCAUAGUGAAUUGUUUUUUGUUGGAUCAGCAUUACUUGUUUAAUUUUUAUUCCCUGGAUGAUGGUGACUAUCAAUGGAAAACUGGAACCUUC